AUCCCUGCUCAUGUGUCCCAGGCACGACUAUGGCUUCUGCAGCAGCAGAGGCGGAGAAGGGAUCUCCGAUUGUGGUGGGGCUGCUGGUCGUGGGCAACAUCAUUAUUCUGCUAUCGGGCCUGGCCCUGUUUGCUGAGACAGUAUGGGUGACAGCUGACCAGUACCGUGUGUACCCACUGAUGGGUGUCUCAGGCAAGGAUGAUGUCUUCGCUGGUGCCUGGAUCGCCAUCUUCUGUGGCUUCUCCUUCUUCGUUGUGGCGAGCUUUGGUGUGGGUGCAGCGCUCUGCCGCCGACGGUCCAUGAUCCUCACGUACCUGGUGCUCAUGCUCAUCGUCUACAUCUUCGAGUGCGCCUCCUGCAUCACAUCCUACACCCACCGAGACUAUAUGGUGUCCAACCCAUCCCUGAUUACCAAGCAGAUGCUGACAUUCUACAGUGCAGACACAGACCAGGGCCAAGAACUGACUCGCCUCUGGGACCGUAUCAUGAUUGAGCAAGAGUGCUGUGGCACAUCUGGUCCCAUGGACUGGGUGAAUUUUACAUCAACCUUCCGGGAUUCCACCCCAGAGGUGGUGUUUCCCUGGCCCCCACUGUGCUGUCGGCGGACUGGCAACUUCAUUCCCCUCAAUGAAGAAGGCUGCCGCCUGGGCCACAUGGACUACCUGUUCACCAAGGGCUGCUUCGAACACAUUGGCCAUGCCAUCGACAGCUACACGUGGGGCAUCUCGUGGUUUGGGUUUGCCAUCUUGAUGUGGACGCUCCCUGUGAUGCUGAUAGCCAUGUAUUUCUACACCACAUUGUGAGGAACGAGAAGGGAUGGUCACGUGCACACCUUGGCCUCCUCCUGCUCCUGCUCCUGCAUCCUCCAGCUGAAGCUUGGCUGACCGCCUCACUUUUCCCUUUCCACCUCCUCACCCUUCCCUCCUUGUCCUCCCAAGAUCUUUUACCAGGUUUCUGAGCUUUGCUAGGAAUCUGAACCCCCUGGACAUGCGUGCAUGGGCCCUUAGCCCUUAACCUCAUUUCGUUUGGUUGAUUCCUGGCCCAUCUAUCAGUGGCAACUUAAAUUCUUAUCCUUAGAUCUCACCACCCAUUCACAGAUGCCUCCUUCCUGGUGGAUAUUGCCAUUAUUACUGAGCGGAUUGUGAUUAUCUACUGAAGCUCUGGUAGGCUGGGAUUGCUAUGAGAGGAGAGACAUGCUCUGUCAUGGCCAUUUAUUGUCCCCAGCGUUGCCCAGCACUGGUUUGAGCAUAGAUAUUCAAUAAAAACUGUUUGCAU